CGCACCACACUGAACCACUACAUAAAGCAAGGCGCGCACUGAGGUAGUGUGGUAGUGGUGAGGUAUUGGAGUGGUGAGAGGCAUAGGGAUGGUAAAAUUUGGCGUGGCGAUCGGAAUAGCGGCGAAGUGGUAUGAAAGUGAUAUAAAGCGCACUGAAGUGGCAAACAAGUCAGUUGAUGUCACCGGUUUACCAUGUCGUCCUCAGAAGAUGAAGAUGCCCUUUUAUUUAUGCAACUUGUUAAUCUAAAUGCUAUAAGUCAGGAGACGAAGAAAAAACGGCAUUGGGUUCAUCCGCUGUGGCAAAAAAAUAAAAAGUUUGGAAUUUUUAAUGUUUAUAAAAAGGAUUUGAACUUGGACGACCAAAAAUUUAAACUUUUCUAUCGAAUGAAGAAAGAGACUUUUAGCAAGUUACUGACUAAACUACGGCCUAUGCUUCAAAAAAAGGAUACGAACUUCAGGAAAUGUGUUUCUCCCGAAGAAAGCGUUCUAAUAACACUGAGGUACAAAUAAUUGCAAGAACUUCAGUAGUAAUUUGGAAAGUUCUACAACCAACUUAUCUUCCUAAUCCUACCAAAGAAACAUGGGUACAAUCAGCUCGAAGAUACUGGGAGUUAUGGAAUUUACCAAAUUGUGUGGGGAGUAUAGACGGUAAACACAUCAGGAUCAAACGUCCACCAAAAUCAGGUUCCGAAUUUAUUAAUUACAAAGGGUAUUUUUCCAUUGUUUUGAUGGCUGUAUCAGACGCAGAUGGCUGUUUCUUGACCAUUGAUGUUGGUGAGUACGGCCGAAAUAGUGACGGGAGGGCAUUAAAAGAAAGUAAUUUUGGAAAGAAAUUAGUUAACAGCACGUUAGACUUGCCAGACCCAUCUCCAUUACCAGGACAAGACACAAAUUUUCCAUUUUAUUUUGCUGCAGACGAAGCUUUUCCAUUGAUGUGUACUAUAAUGAAACCCUACCCUAAAAGAGGCUUAACAAAUAGAAAAAGGGUAUUCAAUGGUAGGUUAUCAAGAGGUCGCAAAUCAGUUGAAUGCUCAUUUGGAAUGAUGUCAUCCAAGUUCAGAAUUUUACACACAACAAUUGGUCUUAAUAUAAAUACAGUGGACAAUAUUGUUAAAGCAGUGUGCUUACUGCAUAAUUUUAUUAAAAAGAGGAAGGUAUAUUUUCGCGCCCGCGAGGAAAGAAAGGAAAUGAUGAUGACAUAGAAGUAGAAAAUGAGGAACAGCCUUAUCCGAGACUCUCAAAUCAAAGAAGAGCUACCAAUCCAGCAAUUGCUACACGGGAGAAACUUUGUGAUUUUUUUUUAACAGUGGACGGGUCACUUAAAGGUCAAAAACGAUUUUGUGUAUGAAAACAAGAAGAUAACAAUAUUAACAGAAUAAAAAGAUAACUAAAUAAUGCCUUUAAAUAAAAAAAUAUAUUUUCAAGGAACCACAUUUUUUUAUUACUUACCUCCUUCCCCAAUGUCUUUUGCAAUUUUCGCCCAAGCCCGUUCUUGCACAUGGAUCAUAUGAUAAUCCUCCCGUGUAUUGUCAUACAGACAGGGAUAUGCCUCUACAAG